AUGGGGGUGUUUGAAGAAGCGAAGAUCCGUGUGCAAGAUUUACAGAAGAGGGUCCAACGGAUAGAUGAAGCAGGUCAGGCAUUAUCGAAGAAUAAAAAUGAUAAAACUGCUAAAUCAAAAUUUAAGGUAAUGUAUGCAACCUUGGAACGUAUGUACGAAGAUUUUGAAACACAGUUGGGAAUUUUAAUUAAGCACAAUGGUAAACCUGGGACGGAGGAUGUUGUCCCUAAUUUGGAUGGGCUGAGGGCUGAGUUCGAGGAGCAGUACUUCAGUUGCAAAAUCCUAGCUGACGAGUUUCUACCAGAAUCAAGCAUGACAAAUUCCGAGGAAUCGCGCUUAUCAAAUAGUUCUCGUGCUAGUAAUGCGAGCGUCGUUCCACUUGAGAAGUUAACGAUUGCUAAGUUUAGUGGUGAUCCAAAGGCGUAUACUGGAUUUAGGAACCUGUUUGAUACGAUUGUGCAUGAAAAUACAAAUAUACGUCCUGUCGUCAAAUUCGGGUAUUUAAAGUCAUAUCUGGAAGGGGAGCCUUUGAAAUUAAUUGCGAAUUUAAUGCUCACAGAUAGCAACUACGAACUCGCGCUGUCGCAAUUAGAAGCUAGGUAUGCAAAUCGACGAUAUAUAGCAGAGAGUCAUUUGGACGAACUGUUUGAUGCACCGAACGCUACAGUCGGGAAUGGAAACUCUAUCGUUCAACUUCUGAACACUAUUACCAGUGCCAUUGGGGCAUUAGAAAAUCUUAAGUAUCCAGUGGAUCAGUGGAGUCCGAUUUUACUUCACCAACUACAAAAGAAACUCGACCAUCAAUUACGAGCCCAGUGGGAACUAGCAGUUGACACAACCACCGAUCCCACCUUAGCUUAG